CCGCCUUUGAAAGAAGGCCUGCUAUCGACUGCUUGCGCAUGCGCCAAAUUAUUGGAUUUUUUCCCGUAAAUAUUUCUCUAAUACUAUAAUAUUGGAUUUUCCCCCCGUAAAUAUUCCUAUAAUACUGGAUACAUCAAAAGUCAUACACAGAGCUAUAUAGCUAGCUAGCUAGAAACAGAGCUGUGUAGGUUUGUUGUACUGCUAUUUUCUUUUGAUAGAAUCAGUAGCAGUAGUAUAGUAGACUUUCACCAAAGUUAGUGUUAAAUGGGCGUGGCCUGUCCAUAUAGGCUCUUAUCAGCCGUCACUCCUUUCAGACGAUCGUACUUCCUUUCGUUGUGAUGUCAUAGUUUUACUGAGCAUAAACGAUGUUAUCCAAAGCCCCCAGAUACCGGGGGAUAUUAGCGCAUGCGCAAGCAGUCGAUUCCAGGCCCAACUUCCCUAGCGGGAAGUGCGGCCUGGGAUCGAGGCUAUAGCCAUGCCGACUAUAGUCGGCUAAAGCGGGGAAAGGGUUAACUCAUGUAGAUCUACAUUAUUUUGUAGAUCUCGAUUACAAAAGCUGUUUUUCAGUGGUGCCAAAACCAUCUACCGAGUUCUCAAAUUUGCAGCCAAACACAAAGCUCCUAUCAAUCGAAACUUAACUUUGCUACAGCUCAGAGAAACUCACUGAAUAGUGACUAGCUUAAGUGGCAGGAAAAACAAAGAGUCAUGAGUAGAUCUAUUAACCCUCUCGGCUUGUCACCCAUGAAACAGCCCAAGACGCCUAUGCCUAAGGAGUUGGAGAAUGAAAGUGAACUUAGAUCUACUGCUGAGGAAGAUUCGGAAAGAGUCGAGGAAGAAGUAGUGGAGGAAUCAGGGGAAGGCAGUGAUGAUGAGCUAGCAGAGCAUUCAGCCACAGAGAAGACAGCUGGGACAGCCUCACCAAUUCCACCAAAAAAGAAGGCUUCUACGAUAACUGGGACAGCCUCACCAAAAAAGAAAUUCAAAUGGUGGAAGGUGGCUGCCAUUGGGGCUACCAUUGCAGCUGGCUCUGUGGUGGGUGGAGCUACUUUUGUUGUUGCUGCACCACUUGUAGUGGCUGGUCUUGGCUUCACAGCUGGUGGGAUAGCAGCUGGAUCAGCAGCAGCGUCCAUGAUGUCAGUCUUGGCUCCCACUGUGGCUGGAGGAAUUGUGGCUACACUACAGUCUGUUGGAGCUAUUGGGUUCAGUGCUGCAGGCGUUGCGGCCCUGGCUGGUGCUGGAGGCACUGUUGGAGCAGCUGCAGCAACUGCGGGUACAGUAGCAUUGGCCAGUAAGAAGGUGAACAAGAGCAAGACUGCUAAAGAUUAAACUGUUGAAGAUGACACUUAAAAUGUGUAAUUGUGAUCUAUAGAUCUCUGACAUGUGAUCAUUAUUUACUACAGCAUGCAUGGUGUCAUGACAUUCCUUAAUACUACCUAUACUAUAGAUCUACAUAAUAGUUAGACACUGUUUAGGAAGUUUC